AUGUCUCUAGUGUGGUUCAUCACCGGCGCCUCUAAUGGUUUGGGCCUCUCUAUGGCCCUACAGGCCCUCCAGGCUGGACACAAGGUUAUCGCGGCCAUGCGCAACCCCGAGCGCUCGGCCGCGGCGUCCCGGACCAUCGAGGAAGCGGGCGGCAGCGUGUUCCAGCUCGACACGACCGAGUCCCAGGAGGCCAUCGUGUCCAAGAUGGAGCGGGCCGAGGCCGUCUACGGCCAGAUCGACGUUCUGGUCAACAACGCCGGGUAUUCUGUCCUCGGAGCCUGUGAGGAUUUCAGUGAGGAGGAAAUCACGACGCUGUUCAGGACCAACGUGUUCGGCCCUAUGUUCAUCACCCAGGGUGUCCUGCCGGGGAUGCGAGCCCGCCGCACGGGCACCAUCGUCAACCUCUCGAGCGUGGCGGGCCAGGACGGCUCCCCCGCGUGCGGGCUGUACUCGGCCAGCAAGUUCGGCCUGGAGGGCUACUCGGAGUCUCUGUCCAGGGAGGUCGGCGAGUUCGGCAUCUCGGUCCUCAUCGUGGAGCCGGGUGCCUUCCGCACCAACUUCCUGGCUGCCAUGCAGGUCACCGGGAGAGGCGUCGGCGGGUCCUUCAGAGGCGGCGGAUCGGUCGUCGCCCAGGCCCUGGACAUGUACCGGGCCGCCAACGGCAAGCAGGUCGGCGACCCGGAGAAGGCGGUGGCGCGCAUCGUCGACGUCGUGACCGGCCGCGGGGACGCGGGCGAGCUCAAGGGCAAGGUGCUCAGGCUGGUGCUCGGCAGGGACGCCCAUACGCGCAUCGUCAACAAGACGGAUAAGCUGCGUGAGGACCUGGAGGCUUCCAAGCUGGUUGCUUACAGCACCGAUAUGUGA